AAUAAAUUUGAAAUUUUGUUAUUUCGUUGAAAAUUAAAAUGCGAAAGCUCACUUCAUUUUUUGGACUUAUAUUCAUUAGCUGCUAUGCGCAAGCACAAUACCAACAUCGAGCUGUGCUGGAAAAUGAAGCAUUCGAAAAUUUGAUUCCCUCACAUUAUCGCAACAAAUUUCUGCAGUCGCCAGAAUUCCGCAACAUAUUGGCUAAAAGUACAUGGUUUGGACCGGGUGAGCAUCCGGUCUAUCAGAGGGAGGCAGAUAAAAUUCAUCGAUCGGAGAUUUAUACGGUGCUCACACAUGCUGGUUUCGUUGAACGACAGAUUGGGAAAUUUCAGUAAAUGAAAUCCGGUCAUUAAAAGAAACAAUAAUAAACACAACAACAUCAUUGAUAAUAAAUUUUGCUAUCUACAUGUAAUUUCGGGAUAAUAAUACUGAAGGUGAGUGUAUGCUACAACAACUAGAGAACUGCAUCGACAGGCCCUACCGACGCCACCGAUAUCCCCUCAGCCAAAAACAAGAUCGUUCAAGUCGUUACUAGUUUGGAAUAUAUAUUUAAAAAAAACUAAAAUCAGUGAAUAGUCUGUUCAAAAUAAACAAAGUUUUUGCAGUGCCAAGUUUAAAAGUACAA